AUGCCUCGCGGAAAUGCGGAUAUCAGUAGAUUCACAUCCAUCAUGAAGGCCAAAGAGAGUGAAAUGCGGCUAAAUCGAUUCAAGUUGCUGGUCGGUCAGCCAUUUGAGGGCUGUGUGAGUACAUUUGAGCUGGAAAAAGGGCAAAAAAAUGUGGAAUCGUGUCAGCAACUCCAUCGGAUGCCUUACUUAAAUGCUGCUGAAGUUGAAGAUCUCGUUGGCAAAUGGCUGGACACAUGA